GCAAGUUAUAAGUUAAUUACAAUAUGAUGAAAGAAGAAGAUAAGAGAGAUCCAAAGAGAUAAGAAUAACAUUAAAGUUACUCUCUCGGUGUGGGUAUGACGACGAAUUGACUUAAAAUUUUCGUUAGUCAUCUUUUGUCAAUUUCGUUUCAAUCAUUUUUGACACAAAAAGUAUGGAACUUCAAGUCCUUGUUCUUCGUCCAAUCUUCUUCUUCUUCUUCUUCGUCUUCUUGACAAUUCUACAACAAUCCUCUUCUGCUCGGGUUCUUACAAUCACCAAGCCUGAUAGACAUGACUACGCCGCAAGUGCUCGUUGGCUUGUCUCUCAGAAUUCUUGGGGUGUUCUUAGCACACUAUCCGUUGAUCAUAAAGGCGCUCCCUUCGGGAAUGUUGUAUCGUUUAGUGAUGGUUUACCCGAGAAAGGUAACGGUAUACCUUACUUUUACUUAACAACACUUGAUCCAACUGCAAGAAACGCACUUAAAGACCAGAGAGCUUCACUUGCAAUUAGUGAAUCUCCUCUUGGAACUUGUACAAGAGAUCCAAUGAAUCCUACUUGCUCUAAACUAACCCUUACCGGGAAGUUGCUGAUAUUGGAAGGAGGAUCUGAGGAAGCAGAAGUAGCCAAAAAGGCUUUAUUCACAAAGCAUCCAGAGAUGAUGGAUUGGCCUAAGGAUCAUGAUUUCCGCUUCUUUAAACUCGAGAUCAUCGAUAUAUUUCUCAUCAAUUGGUAUGGUGGAGCUAAACCUAUCACUGUAGAUGAAUACCUUCAUGCCAAGUCGUAAGUACAUUGCGUGAACCCUUUUAAAAACAUCGGUAAUCUCUGAGAAACCGAACUAUGAAAAUUUUCGAAUCGUAUGCCUUUUUCGCAUUUGAUCUCUUAGUUCUUUUGAACUGUUUUCAGGAUCAAACUCGCUUCCUUUUUAUAAUAACUCACAAGAAUCAAGCAAAUGGUGAAGCAAGAAAAUGUAUAUUGGAUGAACAAUAAAAAGUGUGUAACUGUUUCUGUAAAUAACUCUUUGUUUUGGACCAUAAUAGAUAUUAAAAUCUCUUGUAAAUUACCUCAAAGCAAUUUCAAAGGUAUCCAAAAUACUUUUCAAUUUAUGCAAUUGAACCAAAACAAAUUCUUCCACGUGAACCGAAACGAAAAUCGGUUUUGAUUUCUCAUUUAAACCGAAUAAACCAAUUUUUUU